UCUCUCUCUCUCUCUCUCUCUCUCUCUCUCUCUCUCUCUCUGUGCCCCCUCCCCACACUUUGUCUGUGUCACUCUCUCACCUCUCUCUGCAGAGAAGUCAGCCUACAGCUCAUCUGGCAUCCACUCUCUCACUUCCCCCCUGCCUCAGUUCCUCACUUCUCUCUGCUCCUCUGGUACGUCUGCCUCUGUUUUUUCCCUUCCUCCCCUUCUUCCUCUCUUUCACCCGCUCCUCAUCCUCAAGCCAUCAUGGUGAACAGAUAACCGCCCGGCCGUCCUGAGACCAUGGGUGCCUGCCUCUGCAAAGGUCACAAAGAGCUCCACCAUCCCAUAACAGUACAGCAGGACCAGACUGUGGAAGGUCAGCCAUCCUCUGUCAAGGAUGGGCAGAAUCCUUCCAACGGCAGUGUCGCAGAUAAAACCAGCGGCUAUGACAUCGGCGAGCUGGCCACCUCCUCUUUGAUAGGUCUGGUGGCCACGAUAAAGGAACAUAUCACCAAGCCGACGGCGAUGGCCCAGGGGCGAGUUGCUCACCUAAUUGAGUGGAAGGGCUGGGGUGGAGGUGGUGAGGCCAGUGGAGGCAGGGGAGGUUGGAGUGGGGGCUGGGGUAAAGGAGGUGGAGGCUGGGGGGGGAUGGGGGCCGAGCUGCAGGAGGAUGAACAAUUCUACUCCCAAAUGACGGAUGAGAUCAAGGAAGCUCGCUUCGCUGCAGGAGUAGCAGAGCAGUUUGCCCUGGCUGAGGCAGCCAUGAAUGUGUGGUCCAUGAAUGACAGCUUAGAGCUGCCCUCCACCAGCUUGCAAGCCACACAAAGCCACUUCUUGUCUCAGUUCCUGCUGGACGGUGGGAGCGUCAGUGUUCCACAGCACCUGUACAGCAUCCACGCCCAGGCUUAUGGCGACACCCGGGCGGCCCAACUGGUCCUUCCGCCAAGGGUCGACUCCAUUUCCCAGACGUCCAACACUCAGCAGGACAGAGACCAGCCCUUCGAGGAGAGAAGCGCUGCCACUACACAGGCUGCUGUCCGACAUGUAGACAGCAGCUCGCUAUCUGAGGAUGACGUCUUUUAUAACUAGGCAACAAGAAAACAAGAAAACUAGAAAACAAGCCAGCAAUCUUGAUGGCAAUCUCCAAAAUGAGUCACUGACAGGACUUGAGCCUCAACCACCAGCACGGACUGAUACAAAAAACGCAGACAUCUGUGAGAUCUCUCAAGAGACAAUUCUUCAAAUGGCUUGUCUAGAAAAGUUUAAGAGCCUGAUCUUCAGAUACAAAGACUCCAAAUAGUAUUUUCUCCCUGGUUGAGGCAUAUAGUUUUAUGAAUGUACAUAGCUCCCCUAUUACAUUUAAAUUUUUUAUUCAAUGUACAUUAAACUCUUUCAUAUUAUAAGUAUAACUUAAAUGUGAAGAGUCAAAAACUACUGGUGUAAAUAUCUUGUUAUAAAAUAUCAAUUUUAAUAUAUGUGCUGUAUAAGUUUGUCCAAUUCUGUUUUUGAUCCCUGUUUCUUUCACAUUGAUGCAUCAAACAAUUGCAUUUGGUUAAGGGACAAUAACGUGAAGGAAAAAUACCAUCAAAGUAACUGAAAAUGUGUGUUCUUUGAGAUUCCUCAUCUGAAUCUAGAGAGAAGAAGUCUGUUGUAAAGAACCAAUUAUCUGUCUGCGUCCCAUCUAUGAUUAGCUAUUAUUUACACGUCUCUGUGCGAGAGCGACGGGUGCAGAGAGGGGACAAGUGUAGAAAAACAGAGAGAAGGAAAAGGACACAGAACCUGUCAGUGUGCAUGUGGUCGGUGUGUAUUUCUGCAUGUAUGUCAGCCUGCCUGUGCGUUUGAGAGUGAGAGAUGGUUGGAAAAUCGAGGUGUUGGUGUUAACCUGUCACAGUGUUCUUUUAGCACAAAUGAAGCUGUGCUGUGUGGUACAUUGUAGCUAUUUCCCCUUUUGUUAUCUCAGUGUAACACUGGAUGGUAUUCAAUUGAUUUUUCAAAAAAUAGAACUAAAGGCUGUGCACAACUACUGUGCACAACUAUUAUGAUCACAUCCAUCAUGAGACAAACAAGGUCUAAUUGGUUCUAUAAAGAAGUAGCAUUGCUCUGUGAGGAAAAUGUGACACAGUUAAAAAGUAACAGAUGACAGCAUCAGACUGGACAGCUAAACUGUAAGCUGCAAGUUAUUCUAGUGUUGCAUCUUGUUGGUCUAAAGGUAAAAUUGUAGACGUGUAAAGGCAGAAUGAUUGUUUUAUCAAAACCAAUAUAGUGUCUUAUGUCUUAGCAGGGACUGUAGCUGCACUUCAGAAGUGGGACUACAGUCCUACAGAGUCCUGUUGCAUUGAGAAUCAAAAGAAAUAAUUUUCCUUUUUGACUUUAAAUUUCAAUUGAGAAUGAGUUGCACAAAUAAAACAUUAAGUGUUAUUUAUCAAAGAAUUCCUUAAAGGAUAAUUUCAGUUUAUUGUAACUUGUUUAUUAAACUAUUUUGGUAUGUCUCCUUAACAAAA